UUUAUGCUAAUUUCUUCUUUUUCUUUUUCAGUUCAAAUUAAGGAAAACCUAUAUCCUGCUUCUUUCUAUAAGCAGCAUCUAAUUGUGCAAAAGAUCAGUCAUGCAGCCACCUCCCCAGGCAGCCCCAUCCGGUGUGGUUGGGCCACCUCCAGCUGGGACUCCUCAGAGCAUGUUCUGGUCCAACAGACCAUAUAGGAGACAGGCAAAUAAUAACGCACCCGUGACUCCGAUAACUUGCCCCCUGCAGCCGGUGACGGAUCCAUUUGCUUUUAGUAGACAGGCGCUACAAAAUACAUCAUUGGGCAGUUCGUCCAAAAGUAGCCCACCCAUUCUGCAAGGCCCGGCCCCACCAGCGUUCCUUCAGCGCACCGGUCUGCCUGUGCCUCACACCAAUGCUGGGGAUACCCUCCAAGGACCAGUGUCACAGCCCAGAGCAGAUGGCAGUCUGUUUUCCAGUGUGCUGACCCCUUCAACUCCAUCGGAGCCCGAGGUGAACAGGAGUGCCGAGGUUGCUUCCGGCUCAGAACCCGAAGUUCAGACUCUGCCAUACCCUCAGUAUAUUCCAGGAGCGGGUGUUGACAGUUCUCAUGGGGGCCAUCCUCACACGAACAUGCCUGGGCCCGAUAGGCCCCUGAGUAGGCAGAACCCGCAUGACAGUGCUGCAGCAUUAGCACCAUCCCCUUUCUUCCCUCAGCCUCAUCAGCAAAUGCCAGGGCAGUGGGGACCAGGGCAGGGAGGCCCACAACCCUCAGGUCAACAUUAUUGGCCCCGCCCAGAAGGACCUGUUCAGAACGCGGUGCCUCACGCCUCCAGUGUUUCUCACUUCCCUGCUCCGUCCAACCCACAUCAUGGUCCUGGCCACGAGCAGCUCAACCCACUGGUGUGUUUGCCAGGACCCUUAGCCAGUGAUGGAAGCAACGAGGCGGCCUACCUACAAAGUGGAAACCAUUCAUCAGAUAACUUUGAUCCUGAAAAUGCGUUCAGGCAAAAUUCUAGAGCUGGGAAUACUCGGGCGAGCCAGGAGCUCAGGCCAAAUCCAGGAGUGAAUAAAGAGCAGUUGCCAGACCUCGCUCUCGUUAAUCCCCUCGCUCAGGGAAAUAGCCCAGAAAGCCAUUUGCACUACCCCCCAGGGGCCGGGACCAGCCGAGCCCUGUCAGAAGUGGACUCCGGGGCUCUCUCCAUGUUUUUCCAAGGUGGGGAAACAGAAAAUGAGGAGAAUCUCUCCUCUGAAAAAACAGGCUCUGCUGGUCAGUCUGACUUCGACGGCUUCUCCCCCAGCCCCGCGCUUGGUCAUCCUCCUGCACAUGUGGGAGCAGGUGGCGUUUACCAGGCCUUUCCCAAAGGUUCCAACAAUGAGGCCACGCAGCAGGGAGGACUCCCACAACCUUAUUUUUCUCAGUCUGCAGGCGCCCAGCCUGAUCGGCCCCCGGCAGCAAGCGCCGCCACCGCCGUGUGGGGCAGCGCAGCAAGCGCAGGGGCGCACACGGCCAGCAGCGUGCAGUCUGAGAAUGUGGAAGACCUAGAAUUCAUUCAAAAUCAGGAAGUUCUGCCAAGUGAGCCCCUGAGUUUGGACCCUUCCUCCCCAAGCGAUCAGGUCAGAUACGGGCCCCUUCCCGGGCCAGCCGUCCCUAAGCUUGGUGGUGUGGGCCACGCUGGAGGUGGGGGCCCAAACCUCGAGGCCCCGGAUUCAGCACUGCACCCUGUGUGGUCUGAUGGCGCGUCAGCCGGUUACAGCAGCAAGAACCACAGGAAUCUCCCGAGUGCAGCCAGGCCCCAAGAUGUAGGCACUUUCAUUCAGCAGGAAGUUGGAAAGCCUGAAGAUGAGUCUUCGGGGAGUUUUUUUAAGCAAAUUGAUUCUUCUCCUGUGGGAGGAGAGACAAACGAGACCACCGUGAGUCAAAAUCACCACAGCAGCCGGUCCCAGCCCUCAACCCCAAGCCCCCCAAAACCCACUGGAAUAUUUCAGACAAGUGCAAAUAGUUCUUUUGAACCAGUGAAAUCGCACUUAGUUGGAGUAAAACCCGUCGAGGCUGAUCGUGCCAAUGUGGUAGGUGAGGUGAGAGGGGCCACUGCCCACCAGAAGCAGCGUGGGGCCGCUGCUGCCCGACCCGACGCCUCCCCCGGCAACCUGGAGCAGCCGCCGGACAACAUGGAGACCCUGUUCACGCUCCAGGCCUGUUCUGCACCCUUCUCCGUCCCUGUGGAGCCUGGCCACGGGCUCUUGCACAGCGGGGGACCGCCCUUGGAAACUGUGCUCCUGGCAGCGGAGAAAAGGCCUUUGGCCAGAGCCCAGGGAGCUUUGAAGUGUGAGAGCCCAGUGACGACGUUGUGGGCACAGAACGAGCUGCCAGAUUUUGGAGGCAAUGUCCUUCUAGCCCCGGCUGCUCCUGUGUUGCACGUGCCUGUGAAACCCCAGCCGUCGGAAGUGAUUCAGCCUCCAGAUGAGGGCGUGUCCGCUCCGCAGUCCCAGGAGCCGGGCUCCGGCCUCCCUCUGCCGAGUGGGGACAGCAUCUGUGCUUCUGAGAACCUUGAGAAUCCUCCCAAGAUGGGAGAAGAGGAGGCCCUCCCGUCACAGGCAAGUUCCGGCUAUGCCAGUCUGUUGUCCUCACCGCCCACUGAAUCUUUGCAGAAUCAACCAGUCUUGAUUGCCCAGCCUGAUCAAAGCUAUAAUUUGGCUCAGCCCAUUAAUUUUUCUGUGUCCUUAUCGAGUCCUAACGAGAAGAAUCAGCCCUGGAGAGAUGCUGUGGUCGGGGAUAAGCCCUCGGCAAGCAGCCGGGCUGUGGGGGGGGACUCUGGAGAUGGUGCUGCUGUGUCUGGGAUCACGGCCGGCGCUCUCACCCACUCGCCUCUGCCUAGCAGUCUCACGCACAGUAGUUUUCCACAAGUUCCUGGUACUUCGGAAAUAGUUUCUAAUCAGCCUGCUAAUUUGCUGGUUCAGCCGCCACCUCAUCCAGUUCCAAAGAACUUGCUUUCAGAAAGCCAAAAGAUUGAUAAUGCAGAGAACGUUCUUCCCGAGUUGGUUAGUAGCCCUGCUGGAAGCACAGGCGUGAUGUUAGUGCCCCCUGCAAACGCUACCUCAGUACCUACUGGUAGUAAGGCAGAUCACUCCAGUCAUCGGGAAGAAACUCCUGGAGCCCCAGACUUCACACUAAAUAGGACUUUGGAAAAUCCUCUAAGGAUGUAUAGCCCAUCCCAUGCUGACAGCUCUGCGUGUCGGCACACCGUCAGCAGUCAUCCGAGACAACCUGGGCCCGGGCCACAUAACUCAGACCAUUUCUACCAACAGGUGACAAAAGACGCUCAGGACCAGCGUGGCCUAGAGAGAGCCCAGCAGGAGCCAGCACCACCUCUUCCACAAGGGCCCAAAGCAACGUGUUCAGAAACUUCAAACCCGGGAAGUCCACCCUUGCAGGGACAGCCCCAAAACUUGGUCCCACCACCCGCAAGCCCAGCUCCAGCUGACACAGGUCAGCCGCUGCCGGCCCGGCCACCUCGGUCCUCCAGCGCAUCGGUCGUGUCCACCAGCUCGAGCCAGGCAGCCAUGCGGUCGGACCAGCACUGGCUGCAGCCGCCUCUUCCGGACUUGGCAUCUUACUACUAUUACAGACCCCUGUACGAUGGCUACCAGUCCCAUUACCCCUCGCCAUACCCGCUGGAGCCUGGCCCGGCCCCCCUCUAUUACCAGGACGUCUAUGGCCUGUAUGAGCCCAGGUACAGGUCCCACGACAGUGCAGCGUCUGCCUAUGCUGAGAGCUACCGCUACGCCGAGCCUGAGCGACCCAGCUCCCGAGCAAGUCACUGCUCAGACCGGCCACCUGCCAGGCAAGGGUACCCCGAAAGUUACUACAAUUCCAAAAGUGGAUGGAGCAGUCAGAGUGACCACUAUGCGGAUUAUUACUCCGGCCAGUACGACUACGGAGACCCAGGUCGCUGGGACCGGUACCACUGUGCUUCCAGAUUCAGGGAUCCCCGCACCUGUGACCGGAGGUACUGGUAUGAUGCUGAAUACGAUGCGUACAGGAAAGAAAACUAUGCUUAUGGCGACAGGCCCGAGAGGUACGAUGACCCCUGGAGGUACGACCCUCGCUUCACUGGCAGUUUUGACGACGACCCCGAGCCCCACAGGGACCCUUACGGGGAAGAGGUGGACAGGCGCAGCGUGCACAGCGAGCGCUCAGCCCAGAGCCUGCGCAGCAGCUUCAGCUCCCACUCGCAUCAGAGUCAGAUUUACAGAAAUCACAGUGUGACUGCUGUUCCCUAUGAGGCCCCACACCCCCCCGGCUCCUUGCCUGGCCAGUAUGCCUACGGCGCCUACGGAAGCAAUUUCGGCAGUGUCCAGGGCUUCCCAGAGUACGGAUACCCUGCUGACGCUGGCUGGCCUACCGCGGAGCAAGCUCCAUCAAGACCAACUUCUCCUGAGAAGUUCUCAGUGCCUCACGUCUGUGCCAGGUUCGGUCCUGGGGGUCAGCUCAUUAAGGUGAUUCCAAAUCUGCCUUCGGAAGGACAGCCUGCAUUGGUUGAAAUUCACAGCAUGGAGACCCUGCUGCAGCACAUGCCAGAGCAGAAGGAGCUGCGCUCGUUCCCAGGACCACUCGGCAAAGAUGACACCCAUAAAGUGGAUGUUAUUAAUUUUGCACAGAACAAAGCUACAAAAUGUUUGCAGAACGAAAAUUUAAUUGACAAAGAGUCUGCAAGUCUCCUUUGGAGUUUCAUUGUUCUCUUGUGCAGACAGAACGGGACCGUGGUGGGAACAGACCUCGCGGAGCUUUUGUUACGAGACCACAAAACCGCGUGGCUUCCUGGGAAGUCACCCAACGAGGCCAACCUGAUUGAUUUCACUAACGAGGCCGUGGAGCAAGCGGAGGAAGAGGAGUCCGGGGAGGCCCAGCUCUCGUUCCUCACUGACAGCCAGGCAGCCGGCAGCAGUGCCCUUGAACGGGAGACCGAGAGGUUCCGGGAGCUGCUUCUGUAUGGUCGCAAGAAGGAUGCUUUAGAGUCUGCGAUGAAAAAUGCCUUAUGGGGUCAUGCUCUGUUACUUGCAAGUAAGAUGGACAGCCGGACACACGCCCGCGUCAUGACCAGGUUCGCCAACAGUCUUCCAAUCAACGACCCUCUGCAGACAGUGUACCAGCUGAUGUCGGGGCGGAUGCCUGCUGCGUCCACGUGUUGCGGAGAUGAGAAGUGGGGAGAUUGGAGGCCACAUCUUGCUAUGGUUUUGUCCAACCUGAGCAGCAACGUGGAUGUGGAGUCCAGGGCGAUGGCCACCAUGGGCGACACUCUGGCUUCAAAAGGUCUCUUAGAUGCUGCACACUUUUGCUACCUCAUGGCCCAGGUCGGGUUGGGGGUUUAUACAAAGAAAACCACAAAACUCGUCUUAAUCGGAUCGAACCACAGUUUACCGUUUUUAAAGUUUGCAACCAAUGAAGCUAUUCAGAGGACAGAAGCCUAUGAAUAUGCCCAGUCUCUUGGGGCACAGACCUGCUCCUUCCCCAAUUUCCAGGUGUUCAAGUUUAUCUACUCCUGCCGCCUGGCUGAAAUGGGGCUGGCCACACAGGCCUUCCACUACUGCGAGGUGAUUGCCAAGAGCAUCCUGCUGCAGCCCCACAAGUACUCGCCCGUGCUCAUCAGCCAGCUGGUUCAGGUCGCGUCCCAGCUGCGGCUCUUCGACCCGCAGCUGAGAGAGAAGCCGGAGGAGGAGGCCUUUGUUGAGCCCACCUGGUUGGGCCAGCUGCAGUGUGUGGACAAGCAGGUCAAGGAGGGUGCCGCAGCGUGGAGUCGGGAUGGGCCCUUCCCCCAGCGCCGUCCCAGCACCCCGAGCUCCGAGGCGGGGCAGUACGACGGGCCAGCACCCGCCCAGCCAGGGGGCCCGGGCACCGGCAAUCCGCUGCUGGCGCCGCCCGUGCCCAGCGCUGAGCACUUGGGCCAGGGGGUGCGGCUGCUGCCUUCAGCUCCGCCGGCCCUCCCCGACGGCCAGCCGGCCCUCCCCGCCAGGGUGCCCUUGUUCCCGGUGCCCCCACCCCCGGGCCCUGUUGAGCUGGGGCCUGGCUGUGGACCCCCAGGGGCUGCCCUUGGCUUUCCAGAGCCCUCUGGGCCCGACCUUGCGGCUCCGCUCGCGGGGCCUGGCCUGCCACCUGGCCCACCGCCUCGGCAGGGAAGUGAGCACGCGCCCCAGGAGGCCCGGAGCCGGGACCCAGGGGUGAUGCCGCCGGAGACGCUUGGGGGAAACUCGCUUCCGGAGCUGAGAGAAGAGGGUUUUGGCGGAAAUUUUGCUCCUCUGGGCUCCUCCAGGAUGUCGCAGGGCCCUGAGGCCCCCCCGGGUUGGGAGUGCACCAGCUCCAGUGCUCUGCAGCCGCCGACAGCCGCUCCUGAAGUGAAGAGACCUGCGCCGGCCGCCAGGAGAGAGGCCAAGGAGCCCAAGAAGAGUAGUGAAUCCUGGUUCUCUCGUUGGCUUCCUGGGAAAAAAAGGACAGAAGCUUAUUUGCCAGACGACAAGAACAAAUCGAUCGUCUGGGAUGAAAAGAAGAACCGAUGGGUGGAUGUAAAUGAGCCAGAGGAGGAGAAGAAGGCUCCGCCCCCACCACCAACCUCGCUCCCCAAGGCUCCGCUCGCUGCGCCCCCUGGUCCUGGAGGGCCCCCGAGGGCCUCUGUGAACAUGUUUUCUAGGAAAGCAGCUGGAACCAGAGCACGCUACGUGGAUGUUUUAAACCCGGGGGGGCCCCAGCGGAGUGAACCAGCUCUUGCUCCUGCUGAGUUUUUUGCUCCCCUUGCCCCGCUCCCGAUUCCUGCUCACUUGUUUGGACCAAACCCAGACGCAGAGGAAGCCCCACCUGCAGAGGGGGCCAGCAGGGAAGGGCAGGCGCCCGCAGGGGGUCCGGCCAACCUAGAGCCGGCCUCAGAGCCCCAGGCGUUCGGCUCCGCGGCGUCGCUCCCUGGCCCUGAGCUCCCACCCACCCGUGAGGACGGCUCCCAGGGAGGAGAGCUUUCACGCUGUAGUUCAAUGAGUUCAUUAUCACGUGAAGUAAGCCAGCAUUUUUAUCAGGCUCCCAGUGACCACCCCCCUGCAGGGGCCACUCCCGGGGCAGCCGUGCCCUUCUACAGCCCUGCUCAGUUCGCACAGGCCUCGGCCCCCUCGGGAUGCUCGAGGAUGGGGAGGAUUGGCCAGAGAAAAUACCCAGCGUUGAGCUAGAAGAGUUCCCGUCCUGGAGUAGCAUCUGGAACCCUGAAAUCAUUAUUAUGCUCCCCCAAGAACUCCCAACAGAUCGCCUGCAACGUCCCUGUGUUCCCGAAUGGGCACAGGAGUGAUUCCACCGUGACUGUACCUGUUCUUCCUCCACCGCCACCGUCUGUGAAGGGUGGCCAGGGUCAGGUGCACAGCUCCUGUAUGAGGCCGCCCGAAACGGGGAGCUCUUGGCUCCUUCGUUCACCUAACAGUGAUUUAAGGGUAAAACAGUCUCAGUUGUGAAGAGCGUUGUGCUGGGCAAGGCUGGAGGCAUCUUUGCUGCAGGAAAGACUUUGCUCUUGAGGAACCCAGGUGUCUCUGCAAACCUAACCGUGCUUUAUUUCCCACCCCCCCAAGGGUUCUUUUAAAACACUGAGUGAAGAGUGAGCCUUGGGCCCAGGAGAGGCCCCACCGCCUGCCUGGCGGCCCUGGGGGGUCCUUUCUGCAUCAAAGUCCUCAAGGAACUGUGGACUCGGUUUAGCAAGAAUUCGGUUAGCUUUUGAGAGAGGCCCGAGUCACUGAAGCGCAUCUCUGUCCGGUAGCAAAGACGUUUCCAGCUGCUUCUUCAUGUCCCACGCAACCCAGGGGCCUGGCUUUGCCCGUCUGCGAGGGGCGGCCCUGCCUCCGACAGCUGCGUCCCACACGGGACUGGUCCCCGUGAAUCCACCAGUACUAAAACUGUCACUGUAACAGAUUGGAUUGGGGGUUUUCAGUCCGUGCGUAGCCUGAUCAGACUCCUCGUCAGAGAGCCGUGAGGGGCUGCCACGACCUUUGUGUGAUCAUCGACCCUGUGCUCGGUUGUGACUGCUCUUCACGGCGCCAUCCACUUGCCUUGCUUUCUCUCGCCUGGUUAACGUCCUCUCGGGUUGGUGACAUCUUGAAGAGAGGGCGGAGAUGGACUUUGUUGGCACGUGGUCCGAGUCCGAGGCUCUGCCUCCGUUUUCCCACGCCAGAUCUUCCGCAGGUCGUGUGCCGACCGCCAGCCACCUGAAACCACAAAGGGGGAGCCCUCCCCCUGGACUCCAAGCUUUACGGCUUCAUCGACUGUUCUGAAAAUUAUUCACAUUCUUGUUAGCUCUGAAGAAACUGCAGAAAAGAUUUAAAUAUUUAUAAGAAUCAUUAGAAAAUAAUUUCUGUAGGUUCUGCUGGGGAACAUAGUUUGCUUGGUAUUUUAAAUCUAAGUGCAGAAAUGGUAUAACUGUGGAAUUCGCGCAGGCCUCCCGUUUCCCGGGGGCCCUGGGUCAUCCAGGAAGGGCCACGGGAGGCUUUCCCGUGGCGUCACCCACGUGCACGUCCGGGUGCAUUUGCUCCUGUCACUUUGAGAGAGGCUGGGGCUGGUUGACCGGGCAGCAGCCUCUUGUGUCCCUUGGUCCGCACUCAGUGGGGUCCUGGGACCCCAGACCCUCCUGGCGCCCCCCAGCUUCCUCCACCUGGCCUGCCCACCGUUGCCUGUGCCCACUGCCAGCAACUUUUGAUUCAAGAAGCUCCCUCCCAGGCCAGGCGGGAGCUGCUAUUUUUCCUAGAUGCAAAUUGUUACACUGCAAAUUGGUAAAUAAAGUAUUUUGCGCUCGCAA